AUGGCGGUAUCCUCAGACCCUCCCCGGUUCAAGCACAAGGUGACCGUCGUGGGGUCCGGCAAUUGGGGCACAACGGUCGCGAAGCUCGUCGCCGAGAACACCCGGGAGAACUCGGAUAUCUUUGAGGAGGAUGUGCAGAUGUGGGUGUACGAGGAGAAUGUGGUUAUCCCUCUCGAUUCGCCUAAGUACGACCCUGCCGUCGGCGACGAGCCGCAGAAGCUCACCUCGAUCAUCAACACAUACCACGAGAACGUCAAGUAUCUCCCCAAUAUCCCUCUACCGCCUAACGUCAUCGCCAACCCCUCGCUUCUGGAUGCCGUCAAAGGCUCGUCCAUUCUCAUCUUCAACCUCCCGCACGAGUUCAUCGGCAACGUCUGCCGGCAGAUCAAAGGUCACAUCUUGCCUUCGGCCAGGGGCAUAAGCUGCAUCAAGGGCGUGACCGUGACCGAGGACAAGGUGGAGCUGAUCUGCGAGUACAUCAGCGAGACGCUGGGGAUCUACUGCGGCGCGCUGAGCGGCGCCAACAUCGCCAACGAAAUCGCCAACGAGCUGUGGUGCGAGACGACCAUCGCGUACAACACGCCGCCGUGCGACCGGCGCGGCGAGAAUGGAGCCGCCAAUGGCGAUGCCGGCGGGGAGGUGCACCGCGAUGCGCGCGGGCAGCCCAGCAAAGUAAAGCUCAUGCCCGUUCCGCACGACUACCCCCCGGUGGACCACACCGUGCUGCACAAACUGUUCAAUCGACCCUAUUUCACUGUGUCAAUGGUGUCGGACGUGGUCGGCGUGUCGCUAGCCGGCGCGCUCAAGAACAUUGUUGCGCUCGCUUGCGGCUUUAUCGAGGGCCACGGGUGGAACAUGACGGCCAAGACCGCCGUGAUGCGGCGGGGCAUGCUGGAGACGAUCCAGUUUUGCCAGGAAUUCUUCCCCGAGACGAUCCAGGAGAUGACCUUCUGGGAGAGUGCCGGCUGGAGCGACAUGAUUGUGAGCUGCACGUCGGCGCGCAACUGGCGCUACUCCAAAAUGGCGGCAGAGCGCGGGGUGUCGCUUCACGAGAUUGAGCGGACCGAACUCAACGGCCAGAAGCUGCAGGGCAUCUCGACGACGAAGGAGGUCAUGAGCUUCUUGAAGGCGCGUGGUGUGCAGGACAAAUAUCCGCUGUUCACGGCGGUGGAGGGAAUUGUCGACGGAACCUUCAAAAUGGAGAAUAUUCCUGUGCUCUUCAGGCAGCAAUAG